AUGGCGCUCCGACUCAAGCCCGUCACCGCCCAGCUGGCCAAGCUGUCGGCCAGCAGCCUGCGGCCAUCCGCCCGGGCUGCCUGCGCCAUCGCCAGCCGCAGGCCCGCCAUUCGCAGCCUCACAACCGAGUCCAGCCACACGACGAUCUCUUCCUCCUCACCAACAAGCGAGUUGCCUGCCUCUAUGGUACCCAGAGAUGAGCUCGAAUCGAUCGAAGAGUCUCUGCCAGACGACACCCCCCGGCCUGCCUCGUGGCCGCAUGGCCAUGGCGACCGGAUAUGGUUCUUCCGGCACUUCCUCGAUGGCCUCACCAUUUUCUCAUUACAACGCAACUUCAAGGCAAACAAACAAAUGAGAACCAUACCCUACAACGGCAAGAAGCUGAAGCCAUCCAAGAUCCGCAAGGACUACUGGGAGCCCUUUGCCAUGGUCGAGUUCCCCGAGGGCCACCGGCUCGUGGGCCUGUCGGUGUACCACAUGCUGCGCGAGGCGCACUUCCUGCACAGCUACACGUGGGACGGCAAGAAGCAGCCCAGCCUCGUGCGGGAUCCCGAGACGGGCGCGACGCUCGACAAGCACGGCCGCGGCGUGCAGCUCAACCGGCACAUGCUGCCCAACUCGAUCGCCGACAUGGCCGCCGUCCUCGGCGGGCUCGGCAAGGGCAACAAGAUAUGGGUCACCCGGCCCGGGGAGGUGGCGGCAGAGGAUGGGUCCGAGUCGGGCGGCGUCCGGGUCCCCGCGACCAUCUACUGGGCUGACCCCAACCACAAGGACUACGCGGCCGCAUGGCCCGACAACGUGACACACGUGGACGCCGCAGAAGCGGCUGAACGCCUCGCUCCACAGCCGCUGCCCCAAGGCAACACCUUGUAG